AUAAUAGAAUCCAUUGAUGCUGAUUUCUUUGAGACACGAUUUCCAUUUAAAACGAGAAAUAGUGGGGGUAAUGUACUACCCGCUAUUAGAGAUAACGGAACUAGUGGGGGUGUUUGAUCUGAGGAUGAACUCAGAAGAAGUAAAAGAGCUAGAAUCUCUAAAAAAAUUGGUGAUGACUUUACUACAGUAUACACCCUCGAAGAUCCAAAAAGUUUGCAGGAAGCAUUAACUUCCAUAGAUGUAGACUUUUGGAAUGAGGUCGUUAUAGAAGAAAUGGAAUCGUUAGAAGCUAAUAAUACUCGGCAUCUAACAGACUUACCUCCUGGCUGCAAAGUCUUAGGUAAUAAAUGGGUUCUAAAAACGAAACGGAAACCGGAUGGUGCAAUCGAAAGGUUUUGAGCUCGCCUAGUAGUUAAGGGCUACAGGCAGAGAGAGUAUAUAGAUUUCUUUGAUACCUAUUCACCAGUAUCUAGAAUAACAUCCAUUCGUGUCAUGAUUGCUCUUGCUGCCUUGAACAAUCUCGUGGUUCAUAAAAUGGAUGUUUAGACUGCUUUUUUGAACGGUGAUCUGGAUGAAGAAAUCUAUAUGGAACAACCAGAAGGGUUUGUUAUCCCCCAACAUGCCUCGAAAGUCUGUAAGUUAGACAAAUCAUUAUAUGGUUUUAGAAAACUCAAAACCCCUAACCUAAUUUCUACGGUGCCUACUUAAGGACUCAAACGACCUCCUCAAACUCAUUUUCCUAUAAGCCUUUGUUAUGUAGAAAAAUCACAACGAAAAAUCACCCCAAAGCAUCACAACAAAGUAAGAAUCAGAACAUUAACCUCAACAGAUAACUAUCAGUGCUUACUUGAUGCAAAGACCAAUUCACCUGCGGAGAAGGAAUUUGGCAGAGUUGGAGCCGGAUUAUUUGCGAUCAAGGUUGUCAAACCGCGGGUUGACCCAUUUUGACCCUGACUUGGUGAGAAAAAUGGGCCACAUGCACCCGCCGAGUCGACCGAUACAAGGUAUCGGGUUUGAGGUCAAAUUGUGUCAUUUUUUUCUUUGGUUUUCAAAAUGCGCCUAUUUUCUGAUUUUUCUUUUUGCCUAACUCAAUCUUUGGAAUCCUUAGCUGAACAUUUUUGAAUAUUGAUGUUAUAUAAGUGUGUGUGAAUUUUCACUAUAUGUUGGAUCUAAGUACGACAUGUUACUUUGGUGUAAUGUUAUAUGUUAGAUGAGAUUUGAUAUAAUUUAUUAGGAUAAGUACAAUAUAAUGACUCUUUUCAUAUUUCCGAGUUAAAACGGGCUAAAAUGGGUGACCAGUUAACCCUUGACUUCCAGAACCCUAGCUCAACCAGAGAGUUCAGAGAGACAAAGGAGAAGGAUCACAGUUCCGAGUUGACGACCGUGCUCGCGAUCAAAAUCAAAUCGGCACUGGCGAGGGAUUGGACUCCAUGGCUUGGGAUUGGAGCGACGCUCGUGCUCCAGCGUAUUAAGCUUGCGUGUUCUCUCGACGAUGCCAGGGACGACUCAAGCUACAGGCCGCCUUACGUGUUCCUACGAUGACGCCAUGGACGACCUCGUGCUCCUUCGCCUUGACUCACUCCUACUGUCACUCUAGAAAAUGGCCAAGUGCAACCACUUCCUAAAGCAUAGUAUAGCGGGUUUGGGUUUUAAUGCCAACCCGGGUCCUAGAUGUGAUGACUACUCAGCGAAUUCUUAUUAUUUAGCGGUGAAACUUUAGUGCAGGUUCAAACAAGCAAACAAGCAAAGCAAUUAAACGGUUGUUUUCAAGUUGAGAGAGGUCACCCGGAUAUGGUUCCCCCUAGACUGCAGUUAAGCCGGAUUGCAAUUUACCAACUUCAGUUUUAAUGAUAGUUAUAUUGCGGAACUCCUUCUCCUUUGGCUCAAAUCUACCUAAAAGGCCGAACCUGGGACUUCAGCCUUACAUUUCUAGUUCUUUAGUCUUCAAUAAAGACCUGUGUGACUC